CAUCGUUUGUUAUCUUCGUGUGACAUUGCAUAUGUUGCAGCCUCUACGCGAACACUGUGUCCUAAAGAGAGAAGAGAGGAAGAAAGCGUAGACGAUAUAUCUGAGAAGAGAGGCAUUAAGGGGGAAAAAGAAGCUAGUGAGAAAAGAGAAAUGCUUCAAUUCAAAAAUUACGCUUCUCGUUCCUCAUCUGAUUUCGUUUGAAUUCCUUGCGAUGACUACAGAACACCACUUCUCAUAUACAUUCAUCUUUAACUCAACGGGAAGGUAAAAAUGGUUUAAAAAUACACAAUACUAGCAUUUUUAAACAUCGCAUACUACUUAAUAAAAUACCAAAACUCUCAGUACAGUCGGAGUCCAAGUCACGCGACCUAGUGAGAGCAUUCGGACGAAAUCCCCGAACAGCUCAUGUCAACAACGAUGGCUGGUUCGAUGUACACAGGCGGCGAAAUUCUCACUUUGACGAGAGUCCUGAGUGAGAAAUACAAGGAGAGAUCCUUCAAAAGAACUGUUCGGCACGGCUUACUUGAUGUUGUUGAUGACAUUAUAAUAGCAUGGAGUAAAGAAGACGGCUGUUUGCUAACUCAAGUGACCAAUCCUCCUGACUCCAAGGUUCAGAUUUUAGCAGUAUCCAAACCACCAGUAUGGGAUGUGGAACGUAUCAAAAUGAAUCGCAGUGGGAGCUGUGUUGCUCUUAUAGGCAGAAGAGGUGUGGCUGUGGUAGAGCUACCUCAGCGGAGUGGAGAUCCUGCACUGUAUGAUAAAGGGAAAGAUACUGUUACUUGCAGAAUGAAUAUAUGAAUCUUCUCAACCGGGUUAUAGAAACCUUAAGAACUAAUUACCUUCAGCCACAGUUGACAGCAAAAGAAGACAUACAAAGAAGAUCUGACAUUCUAAUUGAACAAAAGCAAAGACUUCAAGCUGAGAUUUCAAACCUACUGUCAAGGAAAAGACAGUUGACCGAGAAAGCUCAUGAGUUGGCUGAGAAGUAUGAAGAGGCAAAUGACAGACAGACCCAGUUGGUUCAUAGGUUAGAGAAAGUGUUGAAUCAAGUAAGUCGAGGCCUGCCUGUGUUAUCAGCUGGGGAGAAGAACAUGUUGCAGGAGCUGGAGGCUAUGCAGAAGCACACAGUUAUUUUUACUAACCAGCUGAGUGAAAUACAAGCCAAGGAUAAGUGGCAGACAAGUCAGAUGGAGAAACUACAGAGUACUGAAGCUGUUAAAGCCCACGCAUCUCCCAGUGUUUCAGAAAGUCAGUUGAAAGCUCUGAAACAGGCUCUCAGUAAAGAGAGUGAGAAACUGUCUACUUUGCUACAGAGGGUAAACCAAGUGAAGCGUGAUUUACAGUUAUGAUAAAAUAAAUUUAUUAGUUAUUUUUAUCAAAUAUGUAAAGAAGUAAGUUCAAAAUUGUUAUAACCCUCAAAAGCUUUGUGUAAAUAUAUUUCCAAAAUUAUAGCUCAAUUGUCAACAGUUACGCAUCAGUGUCAAAAACUUUGUAACAGUUCAUGUAUAUAUCACUAUAUUGUCUUUGGGCUUUGCUGCUGAGUCAGCCUUUCCCAGAUAAGGAAUGUGAGUGGUUUGCAUAACAUGAAAUGCCUGUGUUUUCUAUUGUUUAAAGGAUUUUAUAUAGCUUUCUUGUGUGAAACAUGAGCAUCACACUGUUCUUUGAUUUACCUUAAACUCUUUUUUUAUAUAUUGUUGUUUCAGAGCUUGUUUUGAUGUUGCCUUUUCCAUAUGUUGCUUGUAUCCCUAGAUGUCAGUUCUCAUUGAUCAGUUUAAGCAAAUAUUUUUAUGGUGGUUAGAUAUAGGGUCCAAAGUUCUUGUGGAAAUGGUUGUUUUUUGAACCAGUAACUUGUAUUUGGCAUAUUUUACUGUGAUUUUAUAUUUACAUUUUACAUUUUAUAAGAUGAUACUGACAUAAUUGAAAGUACAAAGCAUGAUGUAAUAUGUUUACAUGUUUACAUUUGCAUUUGCAUGGUAACCAGCAAACAAAAAUAUCUUAUUUGUUAGGUUUAAAGUUUACCAGUGGAACUUCUUCAAGUAUUUUUUCUAAAUCUACAUUAAAGAUUACCAGCACUUUA